AUGUCCACACGAACCAGCCAACGGCCGGAUAGCCGUGCGUCAACACAGAGCGCGACUUCGCAUCACAACGAAGCUCUGCUGUCCGCCCAACAUGACGCGAAAGCCGUUGCAUACAUGUCCCAAGGACCAGAGGCAGCGUUGCUAGAAUACCACAACAACAUGGCACCUCAACCGAUGCCCCAAUACCAGCAGGUCCCACAACAGGCGCAUAUGGGUCACCAACAUUCACACAGCGUGCAGUUCCCGAUGCAAUACCCUACGCAGGAUUCGCCAUAUAUGCAGCAAGACAUGGCAUACACUCAACCUGCGAGGAUGGGAUCUGUACCGCUAUCAGUACUACCUGAUCUGUCGGACGACAGGAAGAAGAAGGGAUCGGCCGUGACAGCGACGAAUGACAAGGAGUUGCGGGAGAUGCUCUCCAAGAAUGAAGGUCGGCCACUUCGUGAAGUUGCGCAGGAAGUCAUACAGAAGGAGAGGACACCAAUGGCAGAGAAGACGAAGCAGCUCUUUGCUAUGCUAUGGCUUCGUGCGGUAUGCAAACCUGCAAAAACUUCAGUCCCUCGAAACAGAGUGUACUCACAAUAUGCCACUCGCUGCGGGACCGAAAGAGUCGUUCCGCUCAACCCAGCAUCAUUUGGAAAACUCGUCAGGGUCAUCUUUCCGGGAAUACAGACUCGCAGACUGGGCGUACGUGGCGAGAGCAAAUACCACUAUGUGGACCUUGCCCUAGCAGAGGAACCGCCAAACAUGCCCGCUUCCUGGCAAGGCAUGGGAUACUCGCAGAUGGACGACCGGCAACGAUCUCAGUCUGCCAGUGUACAGCAAAUCGACUUCAACAACAUCCCUCGCUUGCAAGCCGACACUGCAGCUUUCCCACAGAAUGAUGGAAGCUUUGACAUUCAACCCCAACGGCCACCGACACCACGAGGUCCUGCAUCAAAAGGACAAUCUUUCGUAUACCCUGAGGCACGCGGCAUGCAACCUGGAACAAUCGAAAGUGCAUCAUAUACCCACACGUUACGCUUUCCAUCCAGCAACAUGCCAGCCUUCUCCGAAAACGAGCCAGUAAACUUACCAUCAAUACAUCCGUACUUGCCACCACGAACCGACAACGAUACCGCCGAGGCACUCGCAGCACUUUACCGAACACAUUGCACGUCCCUCAUCGACAGCAUACGAUUCUGCAAGGAGAAGCAGUUCUUCCGACUAUACACAUCGUUCCACGGCACUCUCACCGUGCCUGUACAGAAACUAUUCACACAUCCCAAUCUCGCGCCUUGGAUAGAACAAUGCGAUCUGGUCAUGUACCGGACAAUGGUACGCUUCGUCAGCCGAUUGACAUUACAAGCCGCGCCCGUUGUGGUCAUCAAUAUCUUGUCGAACAUCUCCGGAACUCUUCACAACCACAUUGCUAAGACCUUCGCUCAACAACCUGGACACGUUCUAGAAGCGAAGCUUCGCCCAGCAACAAUCUUCGCUGGCCUGCUGUAUCGCCUUAUCAGGGUGAACCAGUCGGCUCACGCAGCUGCAAAUCUCCUCACCAUCGACCAAAACCGAGAACAGAUGUGGCAAGAAUGGGUGACCAUGGUGAACCCGAAGCGCGUCAUGGAGGCUGAGCUACCAGACUGCGGGUAUGAUGAGGUGUACAAGAUCAUGACCACCGAGAUGCGAAGUCUACUGGAGCCUCUUCAAGCACCUGCAUACCAAGACGACGCUUCAUUCUACAAUUUCGACAACGACCAGAACAACUUCGCACAGUUCGUACAAAACCAGACUGCUUCAUCAUCACGUUCUGGCGCCUCACAAAUCUCCACCGAGAAUGUCCUCGACCGCUGGCAAGCGUUCAUCGCCUCCCUCCCUGGCCGUUUCCCACAAGCUCCAGCCAGGACCAUGCUCCACUGUAUAUCUGCCGUCGGUACUGCCGCGCUCCGAGACAUAACCAUUCUCAGCGGGCUUUCUUACGGUCACUGGUGGGUGCUCAAAAUCUUCGUCGACGAAAUGGCGCUCUGGAUGGCAGAGAUGGGUGGCUUUCUCGAGCCAACCGCGCCUGCCACGCUUUCGAUGCAGCAUGCGUACCAGCAAUCGCCAGCGCUCGACAACGGUACUGGACCCUCUCACAACGGCAGCCGCAUGAGCUCAAUGGGCCCAAACGGCGCACCUCCUCCGGGCGAUGACGGUAGUCAAACAUACUUUACACAGAAUUCGGGACAAGGUUACUCAGGCGGACAGCAAAACCAGCAACGGCACCACAUGCAACACCAGCAACAACAGGCGCAGAGCAACGGCCUUCCUUUUUUGUCCCAGCACCAGGCUUCGAUGAAUCGAAGUCAGAGUCAGUCGAAGCUCCAACAGCAGCAUGAUGCGGAUAUUGACGAUAGUGGGAUUGGCAUGUCGAUGAUGGAUGACGAUCUUUCCAUGUCCAAGUAUUCUGGUGGGCAUGGGUCUGUGGAGGGAAUUCUUGGAGCGGAGAUGAGGGUUGAGGCUAAUGUCAUCUGCAAUUCACGACGUCGUGCGGAAGUGCUUUCCGGUGUGCGAGUAUCAACGUCUUCUCGAGUCGUGUUUUGCGUCAAGCUAGAGCUUUACACAUAUUCUACAGUCGCAACUCCGCUGCAACAACCAAAAUGCCGCUCAUGGUAGACCAACAAGAAUCCCCAGUCCUCGAAACAGCACCCGCAUCACAACCGGACCCAUCUCCGCCCCCAGCCCGCCGAUCUUCCAUCACCAAACCUAAACCUUCAACCUCCCAGCUCCAAAAGCUUCCCAAACCACGUCCUCCUCCAUCCUCCACACCACCAAUGCCUCCCCGCCCCCUCCUCAUCUGCAGCAUCGGCAAUCCCGGCCCUCAAUACGCCAACACUCUCCACUCCGCCGCACACACCGUGCUCUACCGUCUAGCCUCGCACUUGGGCUAUCCUUCCUUCCAAAAAGAUCGCAGUUGGGGAGGUGGAUUGCUGAGUAAACCACGCUUCGCCGGAGGUGGAGAAGGGAGGAACUGGACCCUAUGGCAAAGCACAGCCUACAUGAACGAGUCAGGAAAAGGUGUCCGCGCGGCACUCACGGCUUGGAAACGAUCUCUCCCGUCUGGGGAAGGGGAGGGGAGACUGGUGGUUGUACACGAUGAGUUGG